AUGUCUAAAAUGACCCGCUUCACUUCUUUGUGUAAAGAGAUCACAGAAAACAUCUUGGAUUCUCUGGACCUCGUGGAACUAUCAUCACUCGCCACCAUGACUUCUACCUUGCACACAAAUAUUGAUGAAUACAUUCAAAGAUGCAGACGCAUCAUCUUUGCUCGCUUCAUUAGCAACAUUCAAGAGUUUGUUGGUUUGCUACAAGGCACAGGUGCCGUGGUGUCAGGCUCAUGUGCUUUGAACCUUGUGCAAGCCAGACAAGGUGCAGUAGCAAUCAAUGAUUUGGACAUCUACACUACUCUGCAGAACUUCAAGGACUUCGUGCAAUUCUUUACAGAGACAGAGCAUUACACAGUUAUACGUAACAUUAAUCACCCCCCUCCUGGUCCUUACAAUAGCAGUGGCAUGGCCAAACUGUUCAGGCUGCAAAACAACGGACGAAACGUGGAUAUCAUUGUCACAAACCUGUCGUCAGCAAUAUCUCCUAUAUUCCAAUUCCACAGCACAAUUGUUAUGAACUUCAUUUCUGCGGAAGCUGUGUUCUGUGCCUACCCAGGAUGGACGCUCGAUAUGGCUGGUCUCGUACACCCCAGGAUGUACAAACAGAAUGCAACAAACUUUGCCACUGUUAAGGGCCUUGCAAAGUACAUGCAAAGGGGAUUUACUGUAUAUUUGGAAAUUACUGAACUCGCAGUGCACGAAUCUCGCUGUGUCAAAAUGUAUUAUUGCCCACAAAUAACGCGAAGCACCAAUGACAAAGGAAAACUGGCAUGGGUGGCCGGCCAUAAGGAGACAGCUACCGGAGCCUUAGGCAGCGCCAACUACAUAGACACUAAAGCAGUGAUCUGGAGCUUGGGAGGUGAUCAAUGUUACAAUGAGAGAGUCUCUGGUUCUCCUUCAUUUGUUUUCGCCACCUGA